AGAAUCGAAUCCAAAAUCAGAAUCAGCUCUAAUCGAAUAUAAUGGUCAAGCGGAAAUAAGGUGGAUAAAUACUAUGAAUAAUAAAAGUGAUACGCUAAUUAUUAAGGUUGUCGAUCAUGUUCUUUUUGGUCUUA